AUGUUUGGGGGCGCUUUUAGGGCCGGCGGUUUUGGAGCGGUUUUGGGACAGUUUUGUUGCAGUUUUGGGACAGUUUUGGGGCAGUUUUGGAACAGAUUUUGGGGCGCUUUUGGGGCAGUUUUGUGGCCGUUUUGGGGCAGAUUUUGGGGCGGUUUUGGAGCAGAUUUGGGGGCGGUUUCGGGGCGGUUUUGGAUCAGUUUUCAGGGCAGUUUUGUGGCCGUUUUGGAGCAGAUUUUGGGGCUGUUUUGGGGCAGUUUUGGAGCGUUUUGUGGCAGGUUGGGGACAAUUUUGGAGCAGAUUUGGGGGCGGUUUGGGGACAGUUUUGGGGCAGUUUUGUGGCCAUUCUGGGGCGGUUUGGGGACAGUUUUGGGGCAGAUUUUGGAUCAGUUUUGUGGCCGUUUUGGGGCAGAUUUUGGGGCGGUUUGGGAUCAGUUUUGGGGCGGUUUUGUGGCCGUUUUGGGGCAGAUUUCGGGGCGGUUUUGUGGCCGUUUUGUGGCACAUUUUGGGACAGUUUUGGGGCGGUUUGGAGACAGUUUUGGAGCAGAUUUUGGGGCGGUUUUGGGGCAGUUUUGUGGCCGUUUUGGAGCAGAUUUUGGGGCGGAUUUGGAGCAGAUUUUGGGGCAGUUUUGUGGCGGUUUUGGGGCAGUUUUGGGGCGGUUUUGGAGCAGAUUUUGGGACAGUUUUGGAGCAGAUUUUGGGGCGGUUUCGGGGCCGUUUUGGAGCAGAUUUUGGGGCGGUUUUGGAGCAGAUUUUGGGACAGUUUUGGAGCAGAUUUUGGGGCGGUUUGGGGGCGGUUUCGGGGCCGUUUUGGAGCAGAUUUUGGGGCGGUUUUGGAGCAGAUUUUGGGACAGUUUUGGGGCGGUUUUGGGGCGGUUUGGGGGCGGUUUCGGGGCCGUUUUGGAGCAGAUUUUGGGGCGGAUUUGGAGCAGAUUUUGGGGCAGUUUUGUGGCGGUUUUGGGGCAGUUUUGGGGCGGUUUUGGAGCAGAUUUUGGGGCGGUUUUGGGACAGUUUUGGAGCAGAUUUUGGGGCGGUUUGGGGGCGGGGGGCGCCCUCCUCGGCCCGGCGGCGCGCGCGCUGCGCCGGCCCCGCCCCUCCGGCGGCGCCGCCUGA